UGAUGAUAGUAGGACAUGUGGGAGCGGGACGGUAGUUGCCUCUGCGUCAAGCACUCCCCUCGUGCUUAUGUCGCACCAGGCGGGGACAAUAAUGUGGACUUGCAGUUCGGUUCGGUUCUGCUGCAACUCUAUCAGACACGUGACCUUCCCUCCCUAGCCAGACUUGUCCGCUUCUCGCGCUCUCCCUCUGGUCGCCGACUCCAUCAGUCACACACCCUGCUGUGCGCUGACUUAAGUCGCGAGAGGUCCUCCUCGUCCAGCACAGACGACCCUUCCUCGGGCGGAGAUGACUCCUACUUGAGGGCAGCCGCAGCGGCAGCGAGGAAGCGCCGCGGAAACCUGCCCAAAGAGUCGGUCAAAAUUUUGAAAAAAUGCCAUGUUAACAACCGAUCCCCGCUACCCAAUGCUUACCCCGUCCGACAGAGAUUCACUCACUCGUUGUUUCAUCUUAUUGUUGUUAUUAUGAUAAUAAUAAUUAGUAGUAGUUGUAGGAUUCAUUACUACUACUAUUGGCGCCUCUAUUGCCUUCAUCCAUACGCCGUCUCCUCCCGCCAGGUGUGCAACUGGUUCAUCAACGCCCGGCGAAGGAUUCUGCCGGAGAUCAUCCGCCGCGAGGGCCAUGACCCCGAGAAGUACACCAUCACCCGACGGGCCAAGAAGCUGAAGGGCGUGUCUCCCCGAGACCGCAUCGACCACGACGAAUACUCCCGUCCUGCCCAGAACGACUACGCCCGCGCGCGCCCGAGAUGGGAGUCCGCCGAUCUCCCCGACCACGACUACGACUUCUCUAUGGAGUCUCGAGUGGCGUCGUGGGUGGCAGAGCAGCAGAGAGUGUCAGCCAAGCCCCACUACGAGGCCGUGUGCCCCUGCGGCUGUGGCUCCGACGCCGACCACACUCCAGCCUACAAUGGUUCAACCACCACACCCACAGCACCUACGCCCACCACCCCCACUUCAGCUCCCAACUUUGCUUCGGAAGUCACAGCACCAGCAACCACUACCACAACAAAUUCCCCAAUAUACACCGAUACAACACACUCCCCCGCUUACACCCCCCACGACUCUCCCCUCUACCCGCCGUCCACACCUGAGCACUACGUUCCUCAGACAGAAUAUGCUCAUCACCCCUACACCACGCCCGCUCAGGUCACCCCGCCGCCCACGCCCCCAGAAGAUGAUGCCGACAAGUUCAAGUGCUUGUACAUGCUGGUGGACGCUGCCCUCAGUCAGUGGGAGAAGCAGAACGCCUCCCCGCCCCCUCAAGACGCUCUCGACACCACACGGACCUACCUCAGCCUUUAACGUGGCCGCAACAACCAACGAGACUAUGCCAUCUGAUUUUUGUAUAGAAUGGAUUGUUGGGCAAGUGCAGUUUCUUAUUCGCUAGAGUACAGAAAGACGGGAUUCGUGACUGAAAAGUCCCUUGGCGUAUCGCUUCCUCCCAGCCUGUAUAUAUCUUGCACCUACGGACCAAGUUUAUAUACAGAACAGUUUUGUUCAUUUAUCUUUUACCUGUGAAGUAUAGGAAUUGCUCACAGCUUAGUGAAUAAUUAUUGGUUCACUUGAUGUUAUGUUGGUUUUCGGUUGUGACUUUAUAAAUUUUAGUUACAAAAGACACCAUUAUUAAUUUGACUGUUGAUUGUUAGCGCACGACUGUCAGGUAUUUCGGGAUUAGUACAACGAUUCUGAGCCUUGAGGGACACUCUCAGGUUAGGCUCAUGGUCGGACGUCGGAGGAUGAACUCUAACCCUUGGCAGUGAUUUGGUAGUUCGAACAUACUAACCAAAUAAUGAGGUAGCUGUUGAUUUAUGUCCUCUAUAGUACAAUGGAUUACCU